AUGGCGGGGUCAUCACUGUCAUCGCUCGAGAAGAGCAUCCUGGAGCUGUGCCAGGAGAACCCCGAGGGUCUAUCAGAUAAAAUCCUCGAGUCGGAGCUCUCAUAUGUGCCUCUGGCCGACCGAGUGAAUGCUAUCAAUGGGCUGCUGCAAAAGAGAGCGCUUCAGCUGUUCAAAUCAGGUGACACGCUCCUGUACAAGCACGUCAGCCAAGACCAAGCCGUGCAGCAUAUGGACGCGGGACAUGAAGACUCGCACCAACCUGCAGCAGCCGCAGGUCACCCUCUCUUGCUUCCCUCACUGCACAUUCCCCACCGUGCCCCCCCUCACCCCCACCAUGAUGCUUUUAUAUCCUCCCUGCCAUACCCCCAUCCGACAGGCAUCUGGACGCGGGACAUGAAGACUCGCACCAACCUGCAGCAGCCGCAGAUCACCAAGAUCAUUAAAACGUUGGAAGGAAGGAAGCUGAUCAAAGCAGUCAAAUCGGUCAACAACAAGAGUCGCAAGCUCUACAUGCUCUAUGAGCUUGAGCCAUCCCGGGAGGUCACAGGAGGCGCGUGGUACACGGAUGCUGAGUUUGAUGCGGAGUUCAUCCAGGCUUUGAGGCAGCUGUGCCUGACCCACAUCGUCAAGCUGGGAGGCGAUACGCUUGAAGGGGUGGUGGAGGCAGUGAGGAGGGCAGGCAGUGGGGGAAGAGAGGACCUGAGAAUGGAAGAUUUUAGACAGGUGGUGGUGGCUGUGGGGAUAGUGGUGGCUGUGGGGAUAGUGGUGGCUGUGGGGAUAGUGGUGGCUGUGGGGAUAGUGGUGGCUGUGGGGAUAGUGGUGGCUGUGGGGAUAGUGGUGGCUGUGGGGAUAGUGGUGGCUGUGGGGAUAGUGGUGGCUGUGGGGAUAGUGGUGGCUGUGGGGAUAGUGGUGGCUGUGGGGAUAGUGGUGGCUGUGGGGAUAGUGGUGGCUGUGGGGAUAGUGGUGGCUGUGGGGAUAGUGGUGGCUGUGGGGAUAGUGGUGGCUGUGGGGAUAGUGGUGGCUGUGGGGAUAGUGGUGGCUGUGGGGAUAGUGGUGGCUGUGGGGAUAGUGGUGGCUGUGGGGAUAGUGGUGGCUGUGGGGAUAGUGGUGGCUGUGGGGAUAGUGGUGGCUGUGGGGAUAGUGGUGGCUGUGGGGAUAGUGGUGGCUGUGGGGAUAGUGGUGGCUGUGGGGAUAGUGGUGGCUGUGGGGAUAGUGGUGGCUGUGGGGAUAGUGGUGGCUGUGGGGAUAGUGGUGGCUGUGGGGAUAGUGGUGGCUGUGGGGAUAGUGGUGGCUGUGGGGAUAGUGGUGGCUGUGGGGAUAGUGGUGGCUGUGGGGAUAGUGGUGGCUGUGGGGAUAGUGGUGGCUGUGGGGAUAGUGGUGGCUGUGGGGAUAGUGGUGGCUGUGGGGAUAGUGGUGGCUGUGGGGAUAGUGGUGGCUGUGGGGAUAGUGGUGGCUGUGGGGAUAGUGGUGGCUGUGGGGAUAGUGGUGGCUGUGGGGAUAGUGGUGGCUGUGGGGAUAGUGGUGGCUGUGGGGAUAGUGGUGGCUGUGGGGAUAGUGGUGGCUGUGGGGAUAGUGGUGGCUGUGGGGAUAGUGGUGGCUGUGGGGAUAGUGGUGGCUGUGGGGAUAGUGGUGGCUGUGGGGAUAGUGGUGGCUGUGGGGAUAGUGGUGGCUGUGGGGAUAGUGGUGGCUGUGGGGAUAGUGGUGGCUGUGGGGAUAGUGGUGGCUGUGGGGAUAGUGGUGGCUGUGGGGAUAGUGGUGGCUGUGGGGAUAGUGGUGGCUGUGGGGAUAGUGGUGGCUGUGGGGAUAGUGGUGGCUGUGGGGAUAGUGGUGGCUGUGGGGAUAGUGGUGGCUGUGGGGAUAGUGGUGGCUGUGGGGAUAGUGGUGGCUGUGGGGAUAGUGGUGGCUGUGGGGAUAGUGGUGGCUGUGGGGAUAGUGGUGGCUGUGGGGAUAGUGGUGGCUGUGGGGAUAGUGGUGGCUGUGGGGAUAGUGGUGGCUGUGGGGAUAGUGGUGGCUGUGGGGAUAGUGGUGGCUGUGGGGAUAGUGGUGGCUGUGGGGAUAGUGGUGGCUGUGGGGAUAGUGGUGGCUGUGGGGAUAGUGGUGGCUGUGGGGAUAGUGGUGGCUGUGGGGAUAGUGGUGGCUGUGGGGAUAGUGGUGGCUGUGGGGAUAGUGGUGGCUGUGGGGAUAGUGGUGGCUGUGGGGAUAGUGGUGGCUGUGGGGAUAGUGGUGGCUGUGGGGAUAGUGGUGGCUGUGGGGAUAGUGGUGGCUGUGGGGAUAGUGGUGGCUGUGGGGAUAGUGGUGGCUGUGGGGAUAGUGGUGGCUGUGGGGAUAGUGGUGGCUGUGGGGAUAGUGGUGGCUGUGGGGAUAGUGGUGGCUGUGGGGAUAGUGGUGGCUGUGGGGAUAGUGGUGGCUGUGGGGAUAGUGGUGGCUGUGGGGAUAGUGGUGGCUGUGGGGAUAGUGGUGGCUGUGGGGAUAGUGGUGGCUGUGGGGAUAGUGGUGGCUGUGGGGAUAGUGGUGGCUGUGGGGAUAGUGGUGGCUGUGGGGAUAGUGGUGGCUGUGGGGAUAGUGGUGGCUGUGGGGAUAGUGGUGGCUGUGGGGAUAGUGGUGGCUGUGGGGAUAGUGGUGGCUGUGGGGAUAGUGGUGGCUGUGGGGAUAGUGGUGGCUGUGGGGAUAGUGGUGGCUGUGGGGAUAGUGGUGGCUGUGGGGAUAGUGGUGGCUGUGGGGAUAGUGGUGGCUGUGGGGAUAGUGGUGGCUGUGGGGAUAGUGGUGGCUGUGGGGAUAGUGGUGGCUGUGGGGAUAGUGGUGGCUGUGGGGAUAGUGGUGGCUGUGGGGAUAGUGGUGGCUGUGGGGAUAGUGGUGGCUGUGGGGAUAGUGGUGGCUGUGGGGAUAGUGGUGGCUGUGGGGAUAGUGGUGGCUGUGGGGAUAGUGGUGGCUGUGGGGAUAGUGGUGGCUGUGGGGAUAGUGGUGGCUGUGGGGAUAGUGGUGGCUGUGGGGAUAGUGGUGGCUGUGGGGAUAGUGGUGGCUGUGGGGAUAGUGGUGGCUGUGGGGAUAGUGGUGGCUGUGGGGAUAGUGGUGGCUGUGGGGAUAGUGGUGGCUGUGGGGAUAGUGGUGGCUGUGGGGAUAGUGGUGGCUGUGGGGAUAGUGGUGGCUGUGGGGAUAGUGGUGGCUGUGGGGAUAGUGGUGGCUGUGGGGAUAGUGGUGGCUGUGGGGAUAGUGGUGGCUGUGGGGAUAGUGGUGGCUGUGGGGAUAGUGGUGGCUGUGGGGAUAGUGGUGGCUGUGGGGAUAGUGGUGGCUGUGGGGAUAGUGGUGGCUGUGGGGAUAGUGGUGGCUGUGGGGAUAGUGGUGGCUGUGGGGAUAGUGGUGGCUGUGGGGAUAGUGGUGGCUGUGGGGAUAGUGGUGGCUGUGGGGAUAGUGGUGGCUGUGGGGAUAGUGGUGGCUGUGGGGAUAGUGGUGGCUGUGGGGAUAGUGGUGGCUGUGGGGAUAGUGGUGGCUGUGGGGAUAGUGGUGGCUGUGGGGAUAGUGGUGGCUGUGGGGAUAGUGGUGGCUGUGGGGAUAGUGGUGGCUGUGGGGAUAGUGGUGGCUGUGGGGAUAGUGGUGGCUGUGGGGAUAGUGGUGGCUGUGGGGAUAGUGGUGGCUGUGGGGAUAGUGGUGGCUGUGGGGAUAGUGGUGGCUGUGGGGAUAGUGGUGGCUGUGGGGAUAGUGGUGGCUGUGGGGAUAGUGGUGGCUGUGGGGAUAGUGGUGGCUGUGGGGAUAGUGGUGGCUGUGGGGAUAGUGGUGGCUGUGGGGAUAGUGGUGGCUGUGGGGAUAGUGGUGGCUGUGGGGAUAGUGGUGGCUGUGGGGAUAGUGGUGGCUGUGGGGAUAGUGGUGGCUGUGGGGAUAGUGGUGGCUGUGGGGAUAGUGGUGGCUGUGGGGAUAGUGGUGGCUGUGGGGAUAGUGGUGGCUGUGGGGAUAGUGGUGGCUGUGGGGAUAGUGGUGGCUGUGGGGAUAGUGGUGGCUGUGGGGAUAGUGGUGGCUGUGGGGAUAGUGGUGGCUGUGGGGAUAGUGGUGGCUGUGGGGAUAGUGGUGGCUGUGGGGAUAGUGGUGGCUGUGGGGAUAGUGGUGGCUGUGGGGAUAGUGGUGGCUGUGGGGAUAGUGGUGGCUGUGGGGAUAGUGGUGGCUGUGGGGAUAGUGGUGGCUGUGGGGAUAGUGGUGGCUGUGGGGAUAGUGGUGGCUGUGGGGAUAGUGGUGGCUGUGGGGAUAGUGGUGGCUGUGGGGAUAGUGGUGGCUGUGGGGAUAGUGGUGGCUGUGGGGAUAGUGGUGGCUGUGGGGAUAGUGGUGGCUGUGGGGAUAGUGGUGGCUGUGGGGAUAGUGGUGGCUGUGGGGAUAGUGGUGGCUGUGGGGAUAGUGGUGGCUGUGGGGAUAGUGGUGGCUGUGGGGAUAGUGGUGGCUGUGGGGAUAGUGGUGGCUGUGGGGAUAGUGGUGGCUGUGGGGAUAGUGGUGGCUGUGGGGAUAGUGGUGGCUGUGGGGAUAGUGGUGGCUGUGGGGAUAGUGGUGGCUGUGGGGAUAGUGGUGGCUGUGGGGAUAGUGGUGGCUGUGGGGAUAGUGGUGGCUGUGGGGAUAGUGGUGGCUGUGGGGAUAGUGGUGGCUGUGGGGAUAGUGGUGGCUGUGGGGAUAGUGGUGGCUGUGGGGAUAGUGGUGGCUGUGGGGAUAGUGGUGGCUGUGGGGAUAGUGGUGGCUGUGGGGAUAGUGGUGGCUGUGGGGAUAGUGGUGGCUGUGGGGAUAGUGGUGGCUGUGGGGAUAGUGGUGGCUGUGGGGAUAGUGGUGGCUGUGGGGAUAGUGGUGGCUGUGGGGAUAGUGGUGGCUGUGGGGAUAGUGGUGGCUGUGGGGAUAGUGGUGGCUGUGGGGAUAGUGGUGGCUGUGGGGAUAGUGGUGGCUGUGGGGAUAGUGGUGGCUGUGGGGAUAGUGGUGGCUGUGGGGAUAGUGGUGGCUGUGGGGAUAGUGGUGGCUGUGGGGAUAGUGGUGGCUGUGGGGAUAGUGGUGGCUGUGGGGAUAGUGGUGGCUGUGGGGAUAGUGGUGGCUGUGGGGAUAGUGGUGGCUGUGGGGAUAGUGGUGGCUGUGGGGAUAGUGGUGGCUGUGGGGAUAGUGGUGGCUGUGGGGAUAGUGGUGGCUGUGGGGAUAGUGGUGGCUGUGGGGAUAGUGGUGGCUGUGGGGAUAGUGGUGGCUGUGGGGAUAGUGGUGGCUGUGGGGAUAGUGGUGGCUGUGGGGAUAGUGGUGGCUGUGGGGAUAGUGGUGGCUGUGGGGAUAGUGGUGGCUGUGGGGAUAGUGGUGGCUGUGGGGAUAGUGGUGGCUGUGGGGAUAGUGGUGGCUGUGGGGAUAGUGGUGGCUGUGGGGAUAGUGGUGGCUGUGGGGAUAGUGGUGGCUGUGGGGAUAGUGGUGGCUGUGGGGAUAGUGGUGGCUGUGGGGAUAGUGGUGGCUGUGGGGAUAGUGGUGGCUGUGGGGAUAGUGGUGGCUGUGGGGAUAGUGGUGGCUGUGGGGAUAGUGGUGGCUGUGGGGAUAGUGGUGGCUGUGGGGAUAGUGGUGGCUGUGGGGAUAGUGGUGGCUGUGGGGAUAGUGGUGGCUGUGGGGAUAGUGGUGGCUGUGGGGAUAGUGGUGGCUGUGGGGAUAGUGGUGGCUGUGGGGAUAGUGGUGGCUGUGGGGAUAGUGGUGGCUGUGGGGAUAGUGGUGGCUGUGGGGAUAGUGGUGGCUGUGGGGAUAGUGGUGGCUGUGGGGAUAGUGGUGGCUGUGGGGAUAGUGGUGGCUGUGGGGAUAGUGGUGGCUGUGGGGAUAGUGGUGGCUGUGGGGAUAGUGGUGGCUGUGGGGAUAGUGGUGGCUGUGGGGAUAGUGGUGGCUGUGGGGAUAGUGGUGGCUGUGGGGAUAGUGGUGGCUGUGGGGAUAGUGGUGGCUGUGGGGAUAGUGGUGGCUGUGGGGAUAGUGGUGGCUGUGGGGAUAGUGGUGGCUGUGGGGAUAGUGGUGGCUGUGGGGAUAGUGGUGGCUGUGGGGAUAGUGGUGGCUGUGGGGAUAGUGGUGGCUGUGGGGAUAGUGGUGGCUGUGGGGAUAGUGGUGGCUGUGGGGAUAGUGGUGGCUGUGGGGAUAGUGGUGGCUGUGGGGAUAGUGGUGGCUGUGGGGAUAGUGGUGGCUGUGGGGAUAGUGGUGGCUGUGGGGAUAGUGGUGGCUGUGGGGAUAGUGGUGGCUGUGGGGAUAGUGGUGGCUGUGGGGAUAGUGGUGGCUGUGGGGAUAGUGGUGGCUGUGGGGAUAGUGGUGGCUGUGGGGAUAGUGGUGGCUGUGGGGAUAGUGGUGGCUGUGGGGAUAGUGGUGGCUGUGGGGAUAGUGGUGGCUGUGGGGAUAGUGGUGGCUGUGGGGAUAGUGGUGGCUGUGGGGAUAGUGGUGGCUGUGGGGAUAGUGGUGGCUGUGGGGAUAGUGGUGGCUGUGGGGAUAGUGGUGGCUGUGGGGAUAGUGGUGGCUGUGGGGAUAGUGGUGGCUGUGGGGAUAGUGGUGGCUGUGGGGAUAGUGGUGGCUGUGGGGAUAGUGGUGGCUGUGGGGAUAGUGGUGGCUGUGGGGAUAGUGGUGGCUGUGGGGAUAGUGGUGGCUGUGGGGAUAGUGGUGGCUGUGGGGAUAGUGGUGGCUGUGGGGAUAGUGGUGGCUGUGGGGAUAGUGGUGGCUGUGGGGAUAGUGGUGGCUGUGGGGAUAGUGGUGGCUGUGGGGAUAGUGGUGGCUGUGGGGAUAGUGGUGGCUGUGGGGAUAGUGGUGGCUGUGGGGAUAGUGGUGGCUGUGGGGAUAGUGGUGGCUGUGGGGAUAGUGGUGGCUGUGGGGAUAGUGGUGGCUGUGGGGAUAGUGGUGGCUGUGGGGAUAGUGGUGGCUGUGGGGAUAGUGGUGGCUGUGGGGAUAGUGGUGGCUGUGGGGAUAGUGGUGGCUGUGGGGAUAGUGGUGGCUGUGGGGAUAGUGGUGGCUGUGGGGAUAGUGGUGGCUGUGGGGAUAGUGGUGGCUGUGGGGAUAGUGGUGGCUGUGGGGAUAGUGGUGGCUGUGGGGAUAGUGGUGGCUGUGGGGAUAGUGGUGGCUGUGGGGAUAGUGGUGGCUGUGGGGAUAGUGGUGGCUGUGGGGAUAGUGGUGGCUGUGGGGAUAGUGGUGGCUGUGGGGAUAGUGGUGGCUGUGGGGAUAGUGGUGGCUGUGGGGAUAGUGGUGGCUGUGGGGAUAGUGGUGGCUGUGGGGAUAGUGGUGGCUGUGGGGAUAGUGGUGGCUGUGGGGAUAGUGGUGGCUGUGGGGAUAGUGGUGGCUGUGGGGAUAGUGGUGGCUGUGGGGAUAGUGGUGGCUGUGGGGAUAGUGGUGGCUGUGGGGAUAGUGGUGGCUGUGGGGAUAGUGGUGGCUGUGGGGAUAGUGGUGGCUGUGGGGAUAGUGGUGGCUGUGGGGAUAGUGGUGGCUGUGGGGAUAGUGGUGGCUGUGGGGAUAGUGGUGGCUGUGGGGAUAGUGGUGGCUGUGGGGAUAGUGGUGGCUGUGGGGAUAGUGGUGGCUGUGGGGAUAGUGGUGGCUGUGGGGAUAGUGGUGGCUGUGGGGAUAGUGGUGGCUGUGGGGAUAGUGGUGGCUGUGGGGAUAGUGGUGGCUGUGGGGAUAGUGGUGGCUGUGGGGAUAGUGGUGGCUGUGGGGAUAGUGGUGGCUGUGGGGAUAGUGGUGGCUGUGGGGAUAGUGGUGGCUGUGGGGAUAGUGGUGGCUGUGGGGAUAGUGGUGGCUGUGGGGAUAGUGGUGGCUGUGGGGAUAGUGGUGGCUGUGGGGAUAGUGGUGGCUGUGGGGAUAGUGGUGGCUGUGGGGAUAGUGGUGGCUGUGGGGAUAGUGGUGGCUGUGGGGAUAGUGGUGGCUGUGGGGAUAGUGGUGGCUGUGGGGAUAGUGGUGGCUGUGGGGAUAGUGGUGGCUGUGGGGAUAGUGGUGGCUGUGGGGAUAGUGGUGGCUGUGGGGAUAGUGGUGGCUGUGGGGAUAGUGGUGGCUGUGGGGAUAGUGGUGGCUGUGGGGAUAGUGGUGGCUGUGGGGAUAGUGGUGGCUGUGGGGAUAGUGGUGGCUGUGGGGAUAGUGGUGGCUGUGGGGAUAGUGGUGGCUGUGGGGAUAGUGGUGGCUGUGGGGAUAGUGGUGGCUGUGGGGAUAGUGGUGGCUGUGGGGAUAGUGGUGGCUGUGGGGAUAGUGGUGGCUGUGGGGAUAGUGGUGGCUGUGGGGAUAGUGGUGGCUGUGGGGAUAGUGGUGGCUGUGGGGAUAGUGGUGGCUGUGGGGAUAGUGGUGGCUGUGGGGAUAGUGGUGGCUGUGGGGAUAGUGGUGGCUGUGGGGAUAGUGGUGGCUGUGGGGAUAGUGGUGGCUGUGGGGAUAGUGGUGGCUGUGGGGAUAGUGGUGGCUGUGGGGAUAGUGGUGGCUGUGGGGAUAGUGGUGGCUGUGGGGAUAGUGGUGGCUGUGGGGAUAGUGGUGGCUGUGGGGAUAGUGGUGGCUGUGGGGAUAGUGGUGGCUGUGGGGAUAGUGGUGGCUGUGGGGAUAGUGGUGGCUGUGGGGAUAGUGGUGGCUGUGGGGAUAGUGGUGGCUGUGGGGAUAGUGGUGGCUGUGGGGAUAGUGGUGGCUGUGGGGAUAGUGGUGGCUGUGGGGAUAGUGGUGGCUGUGGGGAUAGUGGUGGCUGUGGGGAUAGUGGUGGCUGUGGGGAUAGUGGUGGCUGUGGGGAUAGUGGUGGCUGUGGGGAUAGUGGUGGCUGUGGGGAUAGUGGUGGCUGUGGGGAUAGUGGUGGCUGUGGGGAUAGUGGUGGCUGUGGGGAUAGUGGUGGCUGUGGGGAUAGUGGUGGCUGUGGGGAUAGUGGUGGCUGUGGGGAUAGUGGUGGCUGUGGGGAUAGUGGUGGCUGUGGGGAUAGUGGUGGCUGUGGGGAUAGUGGUGGCUGUGGGGAUAGUGGUGGCUGUGGGGAUAGUGGUGGCUGUGGGGAUAGUGGUGGCUGUGGGGAUAGUGGUGGCUGUGGGGAUAGUGGUGGCUGUGGGGAUAGUGGUGGCUGUGGGGAUAGUGGUGGCUGUGGGGAUAGUGGUGGCUGUGGGGAUAGUGGUGGCUGUGGGGAUAGUGGUGGCUGUGGGGAUAGUGGUGGCUGUGGGGAUAGUGGUGGCUGUGGGGAUAGUGGUGGCUGUGGGGAUAGUGGUGGCUGUGGGGAUAGUGGUGGCUGUGGGGAUAGUGGUGGCUGUGGGGAUAGUGGUGGCUGUGGGGAUAGUGGUGGCUGUGGGGAUAGUGGUGGCUGUGGGGAUAGUGGUGGCUGUGGGGAUAGUGGUGGCUGUGGGGAUAGUGGUGGCUGUGGGGAUAGUGGUGGCUGUGGGGAUAGUGGUGGCUGUGGGGAUAGUGGUGGCUGUGGGGAUAGUGGUGGCUGUGGGGAUAGUGGUGGCUGUGGGGAUAGUGGUGGCUGUGGGGAUAGUGGUGGCUGUGGGGAUAGUGGUGGCUGUGGGGAUAGUGGUGGCUGUGGGGAUAGUGGUGGCUGUGGGGAUAGUGGUGGCUGUGGGGAUAGUGGUGGCUGUGGGGAUAGUGGUGGCUGUGGGGAUAGUGGUGGCUGUGGGGAUAGUGGUGGCUGUGGGGAUAGUGGUGGCUGUGGGGAUAGUGGUGGCUGUGGGGAUAGUGGUGGCUGUGGGGAUAGUGGUGGCUGUGGGGAUAGUGGUGGCUGUGGGGAUAGUGGUGGCUGUGGGGAUAGUGGUGGCUGUGGGGAUAGUGGUGGCUGUGGGGAUAGUGGUGGCUGUGGGGAUAGUGGUGGCUGUGGGGAUAGUGGUGGCUGUGGGGAUAGUGGUGGCUGUGGGGAUAGUGGUGGCUGUGGGGAUAGUGGUGGCUGUGGGGAUAGUGGUGGCUGUGGGGAUAGUGGUGGCUGUGGGGAUAGUGGUGGCUGUGGGGAUAGUGGUGGCUGUGGGGAUAGUGGUGGCUGUGGGGAUAGUGGUGGCUGUGGGGAUAGUGGUGGCUGUGGGGAUAGUGGUGGCUGUGGGGAUAGUGGUGGCUGUGGGGAUAGUGGUGGCUGUGGGGAUAGUGGUGGCUGUGGGGAUAGUGGUGGCUGUGGGGAUAGUGGUGGCUGUGGGGAUAGUGGUGGCUGUGGGGAUAGUGGUGGCUGUGGGGAUAGUGGUGGCUGUGGGGAUAGUGGUGGCUGUGGGGAUAGUGGUGGCUGUGGGGAUAGUGGUGGCUGUGGGGAUAGUGGUGGCUGUGGGGAUAGUGGUGGCUGUGGGGAUAGUGGUGGCUGUGGGGAUAGUGGUGGCUGUGGGGAUAGUGGUGGCUGUGGGGAUAGUGGUGGCUGUGGGGAUAGUGGUGGCUGUGGGGAUAGUGGUGGCUGUGGGGAUAGUGGUGGCUGUGGGGAUAGUGGUGGCUGUGGGGAUAGUGGUGGCUGUGGGGAUAGUGGUGGCUAGUGGUGGCUUGGUGGCUGUGGGGAUAGUGGUGGCUGUGGGGAUAGUGGUGGCUGUGGGGAUAGUGGUGGCUGUGGGGAUAGUGGUGGCUGUGGGGAUAGUGGUGGCUGUGGGGAUAGUGGUGGCUGUGGGGAUAGUGGUGGCUGUGGGGAUAGUGGUGGCUGUGGGGAUAGUGGUGGCUGUGGGGAUAGUGGUGGCUGUGGGGAUAGUGGUGGCUGUGGGGAUAGUGGUGGCUGUGGGGAUAGUGGUGGCUGUGGGGAUAGUGGUGGCUGUGGGGAUAGUGGUGGCUGUGGGGAUAGUGGUGGCUGUGGGGAUAGUGGUGGCUGUGGGGAUAGUGGUGGCUGUGGGGAUAGUGGUGGCUGUGGGGAUAGUGGUGGCUGUGGGGAUAGUGGUGGCUGUGGGGAUAGUGGUGGCUGUGGGGAUAGUGGUGGCUGUGGGGAUAGUGGUGGCUGUGGGGAUAGUGGUGGCUGUGGGGAUAGUGGUGGCUGUGGGGAUAGUGGUGGCUGUGGGGAUAGUGGUGGCUGUGGGGAUAGUGGUGGCUGUGGGGAUAGUGGUGGCUGUGGGGAUAGUGGUGGCUGUGGGGAUAGUGGUGGCUGUGGGGAUAGUGGUGGCUGUGGGGAUAGUGGUGGCUGUGGGGAUAGUGGUGGCUGUGGGGAUAGUGGUGGCUGUGGGGAUAGUGGUGGCUGUGGGGAUAGUGGUGGCUGUGGGGAUAGUGGUGGCUGUGGGGAUAGUGGUGGCUGUGGGGAUAGUGGUGGCUGUGGGGAUAGUGGUGGCUGUGGGGAUAGUGGUGGCUGUGGGGAUAGUGGUGGCUGUGGGGAUAGUGGUGGCUGUGGGGAUAGUGGUGGCUGUGGGGAUAGUGGUGGCUGUGGGGAUAGUGGUGGCUGUGGGGAUAGUGGUGGCUGUGGGGAUAGUGGUGGCUGUGGGGAUAGUGGUGGCUGUGGGGAUAGUGGUGGCUGUGGGGAUAGUGGUGGCUGUGGGGAUAGUGGUGGCUGUGGGGAUAGUGGUGGCUGUGGGGAUAGUGGUGGCUGUGGGGAUAGUGGUGGCUGUGGGGAUAGUGGUGGCUGUGGGGAUAGUGGUGGCUGUGGGGAUAGUGGUGGCUGUGGGGAUAGUGGUGGCUGUGGGGAUAGUGGUGGCUGUGGGGAUAGUGGUGGCUGUGGGGAUAGUGGUGGCUGUGGGGAUAGUGGUGGCUGUGGGGAUAGUGGUGGCUGUGGGGAUAGUGGUGGCUGUGGGGAUAGUGGUGGCUGUGGGGAUAGUGGUGGCUGUGGGGAUAGUGGUGGCUGUGGGGAUAGUGGUGGCUGUGGGGAUAGUGGUGGCUGUGGGGAUAGUGGUGGCUGUGGGGAUAGUGGUGGCUGUGGGGAUAGUGGUGGCUGUGGGGAUAGUGGUGGCUGUGGGGAUAGUGGUGGCUGUGGGGAUAGUGGUGGCUGUGGGGAUAGUGGUGGCUGUGGGGAUAGUGGUGGCUGUGGGGAUAGUGGUGGCUGUGGGGAUAGUGGUGGCUGUGGGGAUAGUGGUGGCUGUGGGGAUAGUGGUGGCUGUGGGGAUAGUGGUGGCUGUGGGGAUAGUGGUGGCUGUGGGGAUAGUGGUGGCUGUGGGGAUAGUGGUGGCUGUGGGGAUAGUGGUGGCUGUGGGGAUAGUGGUGGCUGUGGGGAUAGUGGUGGCUGUGGGGAUAGUGGUGGCUGUGGGGAUAGUGGUGGCUGUGGGGAUAGUGGUGGCUGUGGGGAUAGUGGUGGCUGUGGGGAUAGUGGUGGCUGUGGGGAUAGUGGUGGCUGUGGGGAUAGUGGUGGCUGUGGGGAUAGUGGUGGCUGUGGGGAUAGUGGUGGCUGUGGGGAUAGUGGUGGCUGUGGGGAUAGUGGUGGCUGUGGGGAUAGUGGUGGCUGUGGGGAUAGUGGUGGCUGUGGGGAUAGUGGUGGCUGUGGGGAUAGUGGUGGCUGUGGGGAUAGUGGUGGCUGUGGGGAUAGUGGUGGCUGUGGGGAUAGUGGUGGCUGUGGGGAUAGUGGUGGCUGUGGGGAUAGUGGUGGCUGUGGGGAUAGUGGUGGCUGUGGGGAUAGUGGUGGCUGUGGGGAUAGUGGUGGCUGUGGGGAUAGUGGUGGCUGUGGGGAUAGUGGUGGCUGUGGGGAUAGUGGUGGCUGUGGGGAUAGUGGUGGCUGUGGGGAUAGUGGUGGCUGUGGGGAUAGUGGUGGCUGUGGGGAUAGUGGUGGCUGUGGGGAUAGUGGUGGCUGUGGGGAUAGUGGUGGCUGUGGGGAUAGUGGUGGCUGUGGGGAUAGUGGUGGCUGUGGGGAUAGUGGUGGCUGUGGGGAUAGUGGUGGCUGUGGGGAUAGUGGUGGCUGUGGGGAUAGUGGUGGCUGUGGGGAUAGUGGUGGCUGUGGGGAUAGUGGUGGCUGUGGGGAUAGUGGUGGCUGUGGGGAUAGUGGUGGCUGUGGGGAUAGUGGUGGCUGUGGGGAUAGUGGUGGCUGUGGGGAUAGUGGUGGCUGUGGGGAUAGUGGUGGCUGUGGGGAUAGUGGUGGCUGUGGGGAUAGUGGUGGCUGUGGGGAUAGUGGUGGCUGUGGGGAUAGUGGUGGCUGUGGGGAUAGUGGUGGCUGUGGGGAUAGUGGUGGCUGUGGGGAUAGUGGUGGCUGUGGGGAUAGUGGUGGCUGUGGGGAUAGUGGUGGCUGUGGGGAUAGUGGUGGCUGUGGGGAUAGUGGUGGCUGUGGGGAUAGUGGUGGCUGUGGGGAUAGUGGUGGCUGUGGGGAUAGUGGUGGCUGUGGGGAUAGUGGUGGCUGUGGGGAUAGUGGUGGCUGUGGGGAUAGUGGUGGCUGUGGGGAUAGUGGUGGCUGUGGGGAUAGUGGUGGCUGUGGGGAUAGUGGUGGCUGUGGGGAUAGUGGUGGCUGUGGGGAUAGUGGUGGCUGUGGGGAUAGUGGUGGCUGUGGGGAUAGUGGUGGCUGUGGGGAUAGUGGUGGCUGUGGGGAUAGUGGUGGCUGUGGGGAUAGUGGUGGCUGUGGGGAUAGUGGUGGCUGUGGGGAUAGUGGUGGCUGUGGGGAUAGUGGUGGCUGUGGGGAUAGUGGUGGCUGUGGGGAUAGUGGUGGCUGUGGGGAUAGUGGUGGCUGUGGGGAUAGUGGUGGCUGUGGGGAUAGUGGUGGCUGUGGGGAUAGUGGUGGCUGUGGGGAUAGUGGUGGCUGUGGGGAUAGUGGUGGCUGUGGGGAUAGUGGUGGCUGUGGGGAUAGUGGUGGCUGUGGGGAUAGUGGUGGCUGUGGGGAUAGUGGUGGCUGUGGGGAUAGUGGUGGCUGUGGGGAUAGUGGUGGCUGUGGGGAUAGUGGUGGCUGUGGGGAUAGUGGUGGCUGUGGGGAUAGUGGUGGCUGUGGGGAUAGUGGUGGCUGUGGGGAUAGUGGUGGCUGUGGGGAUAGUGGUGGCUGUGGGGAUAGUGGUGGCUGUGGGGAUAGUGGUGGCUGUGGGGAUAGUGGUGGCUGUGGGGAUAGUGGUGGCUGUGGGGAUAGUGGUGGCUGUGGGGAUAGUGGUGGCUGUGGGGAUAGUGGUGGCUGUGGGGAUAGUGGUGGCUGUGGGGAUAGUGGUGGCUGUGGGGAUAGUGGUGGCUGUGGGGAUAGUGGUGGCUGUGGGGAUAGUGGUGGCUGUGGGGAUAGUGGUGGCUGUGGGGAUAGUGGUGGCUGUGGGGAUAGUGGUGGCUGUGGGGAUAGUGGUGGCUGUGGGGAUAGUGGUGGCUGUGGGGAUAGUGGUGGCUGUGGGGAUAGUGGUGGCUGUGGGGAUAGUGGUGGCUGUGGGGAUAGUGGUGGCUGUGGGGAUAGUGGUGGCUGUGGGGAUAGUGGUGGCUGUGGGGAUAGUGGUGGCUGUGGGGAUAGUGGUGGCUGUGGGGAUAGUGGUGGCUGUGGGGAUAGUGGUGGCUGUGGGGAUAGUGGUGGCUGUGGGGAUAGUGGUGGCUGUGGGGAUAGUGGUGGCUGUGGGGAUAGUGGUGGCUGUGGGGAUAGUGGUGGCUGUGGGGAUAGUGGUGGCUGUGGGGAUAGUGGUGGCUGUGGGGAUAGUGGUGGCUGUGGGGAUAGUGGUGGCUGUGGGGAUAGUGGUGGCUGUGGGGAUAGUGGUGGCUGUGGGGAUAGUGGUGGCUGUGGGGAUAGUGGUGGCUGUGGGGAUAGUGGUGGCUGUGGGGAUAGUGGUGGCUGUGGGGAUAGUGGUGGCUGUGGGGAUAGUGGUGGCUGUGGGGAUAGUGGUGGCUGUGGGGAUAGUGGUGGCUGUGGGGAUAGUGGUGGCUGUGGGGAUAGUGGUGGCUGUGGGGAUAGUGGUGGCUGUGGGGAUAGUGGUGGCUGUGGGGAUAGUGGUGGCUGUGGGGAUAGUGGUGGCUGUGGGGAUAGUGGUGGCUGUGGGGAUAGUGGUGGCUGUGGGGAUAGUGGUGGCUGUGGUGGAUGUGGGAUAUGGUGGCUGUGGGGAUAGUGGUGGCUGUGGGGAUAGUGGUGGCUGUGGGGAUAGUGGUGGCUGUGGGGAUAGUGGUGGCUGUGGGGAUAGUGGUGGCUGUGGGGAUAGUGGUGGCUGUGGGGAUAGUGGUGGCUGUGGGGAUAGUGGUGGCUGUGGGGAUAGUGGUGGCUGUGGGGAUAGUGGUGGCUGUGGGGAUAGUGGUGGCUGUGGGGAUAGUGGUGGCUGUGGGGAUAGUGGUGGCUGUGGGGAUAGUGGUGGCUGUGGGGAUAGUGGUGGCUGUGGGGAUAGUGGUGGCUGUGGGGAUAGUGGUGGCUGUGGGGAUAGUGGUGGCUGUGGGGAUAGUGGUGGCUGUGGGGAUAGUGGUGGCUGUGGGGGGAUGUGGUGGCUUGUGGCUGUGGGGAUAGUGGUGGCUGUGGGGAUAGUGGUGGCUGUGGGGAUAGUGGUGGCUGUGGGGAUAGUGGUGGCUGUGGGGAUAGUGGUGGCUGUGGGGAUAGUGGUGGCUGUGGGGAUAGUGGUGGCUGUGGGGAUAGUGGUGGCUGUGGGGAUAGUGGUGGCUGUGGGGAUAGUGGUGGCUGUGGGGAUAGUGGUGGCUGUGGGGAUAGUGGUGGCUGUGGGGAUAGUGGUGGCUGUGGGGAUAGUGGUGGCUGUGGGGAUAGUGGUGGCUGUGGGGAUAGUGGUGGCUGUGGGGAUAGUGGUGGCUGUGGGGAUAGUGGUGGCUGUGGGGAUAGUGGUGGCUGUGGGGAUAGUGGUGGCUGUGGGGAUAGUGGUGGCUGUGGGGAUAGUGGUGGCGUUGGGGGUGGUGGCUGUGGGGAUAGUGGUGGCUGUGGGGAUAGUGGUGGCUGUGGGGAUAGUGGUGGCUGUGGGGAUAGUGGUGGCUGUGGGGAUAGUGGUGGCUGUGGGGAUAGUGGUGGCUGUGGGGAUAGUGGUGGCUGUGGGGAUAGUGGUGGCUGUGGGGAUAGUGGUGGCUGUGGGGAUAGUGGUGGCUGUGGGGAUAGUGGUGGCUGUGGGGAUAGUGGUGGCUGUGGGGAUAGUGGUGGCUGUGGGGAUAGUGGUGGCUGUGGGGAUAGUGGUGGCUGUGGGGAUAGUGGUGGCUGUGGGGAUAGUGGUGGCUGUGGGGAUAGUGGUGGCUGUGGGGAUAGUGGUGGCUGUGGGGAUAGUGGUGGCUGUGGGGAUAGUGGUGGCUGUGGGGAUAGUGGUGGCUGUGGGGAUAGUGGUGGCUGUGGGGAUAGUGGUGGCUGUGGGGAUAGUGGUGGCUGUGGGGAUAGUGGUGGCUGUGGGGAUAGUGGUGGCUGUGGGGAUAGCGGCCAGGCUGCACACUGGCGACGCGGAGAGGGAACAGUACGAGAGUUUCGCGGAUUUAUACGCGAUUAUAAAGACUACCGAAAAGCUCGAAAAGGCGUACGUCCGCGAUUUGAUCUCCCCUGCGGAUUACGAGCCCGCUUGCGCGAAGCUGAUUGGCCAAUUCCGGACGCUUCGCACCGCGCUACAGAGUGCUGUACCCGAUAUAGAGCGAUUCAUGACAACGUACAAGAUGGAUUGCCUUGCAGCGAAGAAUAGGCUUCUGGUAGCGGGGGUUCCGGCCACGGUGGAGCAUAAAUCAGCUACGGUGGAGAGCGGUAGUGCGACUGUAGCGGUGGCUGAGACGGUGCAACACUUUAUAACAGCCAUGGAUACUGUCAAGCUCAAUAUGCUCGCUGUAGAUCAGGUGCAUCCACUGCUCUCCCUGCUGCUCAACUCCCUCUGCAGCGUGCCCUCCUUACCAGCCGAAUUCGAGGGUCGCACAAAGGAUGCAGCAUCGAUCGUGUGUGAGCCUGGGAUCGAAGUGCAGAUUGGCAUGGCGAGCGGCGUGGGUCCGAUGAUGACGGCGCCGGUAUCGCCGGAAGAGGUGCUUCAAAAGAUGAUGCACGACGGCGUGUUUGAUUCGCUAAAGAACCGGAUCCUUCUCGACCUCAAGCAUAAUGAGGAGCUGCGGCAGUACACGGCUAAGCUGGUGCAGGGCAGCGAAACCCUUUCUGCUCACGAUGCUCGCACGCGGAACCGGCGGGAGCUUUUUGAAGCACUGCGCAAGGAGUUGGAGGCGCCAGUGGUUGAGAAGGCGUCUGGCUUCACGUGGGCCCUCAUGCUCUCGCCUCUCUCAGGAGGUGUGGGGGAGGAAAUCCACUCGCGGGUCGAAGAGACCUUCACUCGCCUGCACGCUGAGAAGGCGGCCAGUGACGCGCUGACACGUGGCAGCGGCAGCGGUGGUGCUGGCGGGAGCUUUGAGGAAGUGGUGAUGGCAGCAGGGGAAGCAACGGGAGAGGCAAUGGCAGCAGUGGCACGGGUUGCAGCAGCGGCGGGUUUUGGGCCGAGGAAAGGCGGGGGUGUUGCUGCUGCUGCUGGGGGAGGGGGUGGGCAAGGAGGAGGGGAAGAGGGUGGGGAAGGAAGUAAAGUUGCUGCUGCGAGUGGUGGAGAGGGGCAGGAUGGGGAAAACGGGGUGGAUGGAGUGGGAGAGGGCGGUGGAGUGAGAGGGUGGGCUGAGGAAUCGCAGAAGUCAGAGGGUAAGACAGAGGUAAAGGCUGAGGUUCAGGCAGACGUGAAGGCGGAGGGGCCUUAUGGUGGGCCUGUGCUGCCUGGAAUCAGGUGUAUGACGGAUAUCACUGGGGAGGAGGAUGAUGCUGCUGCUGCUGGUGCUGCUGGUGCUGCUGGUGACGCUGGCGCUGCUGACGACGCCAGUCGAAAUCGGAGGGACGACACGGGUUCCGAGAUUCGGAUGAGGAGAAACAAGUGGAAUGAGGGGGGAGGAGGUCCAGAAGCCCGAGGGACAGACAGCAGUAGGGAGGGUUACAGGAGGGAUUUAGAUGGAAGCAGACGAUUUAGAGUUGAAGACCCUCCUCCUCCCAGGAGGUCCAAGUUCUCUGCCGAGCAUGGUCAUAGCAAGGAGAGCGGGGCGAGCGCAAGAGGAGAACGGGGUGAGGGUGGUGCUGCAAGGAGGAAGGAGGUGGUGCACAAGGCGCCCGUGAAAGGGCAGCUGGUGAAGGCACAGGGGAAGGAACAACAUCAGGUGAAAGCACGGGGGAAAGAGCAGCAGCAGAAAGUGCAGGGGAAAGAGCAAAAAGAAGCAGGCAAUUCGCAGCAACAGCUGGCAAAGACCAAAGAAGAGCCAAAGAAAUUGCUGCAGCAACAAGUGAAGGGAGAGCAGAGGGUUGAAGGGAAGGGGGUGGAGAAGGAGGUGAAGGUUCAGUCAGUGGCAGCAGCAGCAGGGAAGGAUGAGGCACCACCACAGCAAGCAUUGCAGCUGCUCAUAGGGAAACGACCCAGCAAACGGAAAGCGGAAGAAGAGGAGGAUACACCAGAGAUUUUUAUCGACCGGGAUCCGAAAACGUUUGCCGUGUUGCUGAACUUCUUGCGGUCCGGUGUACUUAAUAUUCCCUCUGGCGUUACCGUUGAUGCGGUACUUAGCGACGCGGACUAUCUCGGCCUGCUGGACGCGGUUAAGGGAGCGCUCCUGCCGCCGACUUUGGACGCCAAUGAGAUGCACAGAGUGAGUGGUUUGGAAUCGCCUCGGAACACAGGAGGUACGUUAGCUGCUGGAAUUGUACCCUUGGCGGUUAAGGGAGCGCUCCUGCCGCCGGCUCUGGACUAUAAUGAGAUGCACAAGACGUCCGUUCUUCGCCCCAACGUGGGCCCUGCUGACGUGUGCACGGCCCUGGCCGCGCAUGAAGACGGCUCUGUUGACGUGGCACAUGGCGCCCGGGUGACGUGUUAUGACUGGAUGCUGCGUCACACCGCCACCAUCAUCACCGAUCUUCCCCAGGUGGACACCAUAUGUCGGCUGUCAGAGUCUCGGAUCAUCGUGGGGGGCGGCAAGGGCUGCUACCAUCUGCCCAUCUACGACACACGGGGUUACGACAACACAUCAAACACACUGCGCACAUUUGACGAAGAUCAUUUCACAUUGGCCUUUCCUUUCUCCUAUGGCUCUUCCAAUGCUGCCUACCCCUCGCAUUCCCCUUACUCCUCCCCCUACUGCUCGUCCCUCUCAAACUCUCAAACCACAUACGGUUCUCCUGCCACCCUCCCAUCCCUCUCCCCCUCCUCCCUCUCAUCCUACACUCCCUCCCCCUUAACCCUGAACCAACCCGCCCCUUCCUCCUCCAUCUCCCCAAUCAUCCUCCCCCAAUCCGCCUCCCACUACCCAACCCCCACAGCCAACCCCCUCUACUCCCCCCCUCUCCAUCCAUCCCUCCUCCCCUCAUCCUCCCCGUUCCCCUCCCCCUACUCUCCAUUCCCGCCAACCUGCAAAAUCGGCUCAGUGGUUCUAAGAGGCGCCUCCCAUCCAUCUUUCCGCUCCAUAGUCCAAUCCGACCGCUUUCUAUUCGUGGCGAGCCUGAGAAAGACCCUCGGGGUGGAGUGGGGGGUGGGGAAGGCGGUGGGGGUGGUGGAUCGGGGCACACUGCAGAGCGUGGGGGAGGCCGGGCCGGCGCCCAUCACCACCAGGCGCAUGGGCGGCCCUGAUAAGCUCCAGUGGCUGUCUUCCCGGAACCUUCUCAUGGUCGCGCGCCGAUACACCCGUGAGUCGAUCUCUUCUGACAUGUGGCGUACUCUGAUUGACUCUAGCGUUCAGGGAGGCUCCGAAGGUCCAUCCUACUUGCGCCUGUGGGACCCGCGCUGCAACCAGCUGGUGUGGGACUGGCGUGAGUUUGACGAUCCACAGCCCUCCCUCGUCCCCUCCGACCGCUGGUGUGCCCUCUGCGAUGCUACAGCUUGUGAAGACCUGUCUUUGCUCCUCAAAGCCUCCCCUUCUGCCCCGGACUCCUCCUCCCGCCUCUCCGCUUUCGAUCUGAGGAAACUACCGCUGCCAGGGACUGGGAAUAAGCCUACUGCUUGUGUUUCUGUUCCUAGUGGUGCUGGUGGUGCGGUUCAGAUGGGUUCUGGCGGGUUAGGGCUUGCAGGUGAUGAUGGUGCUGGUGGUUUUUAUGUUGGCGGGGGUGGCACCGGAAGCAGUGUUGGCACUGCAGCAGCAGCAGCAGCAGGAGGUUUAGGGUUAUCAAGUACAGGCGCAGCAACAGAUAGCUCAACAAGUAGUAGCAAUAGAGGCUUCGGAAACAUCUACCGCCCAGCAGCAGUAUCCGGGCCUGUGCCAGUAGCAGGAGGACCCACUCCCUCCAUAGGGCAAGACAGCUGGACCGUCAUGCAAUGGCAAUCCCCUGACUCGCUCCGGAUCGGAGGAACGAGCCUGCAACGAGACUCGGGCAGGGUGGAAACGAGCACGAUUCGCCUGCUCGUCGUCCCGGGCAGGUCGCAGAUUGUUUGCAACCGCUGCCCGUCGCUGGAGGUGUGGACUCCGGUCAGCAACCCGUUUGUGCCGGUUGCCACAGGCAGGCUGUCUAGAUGGGCUUCUUUAGACGAGGAGAAGUUGGGGAGUUUCCUCUCAGUGGGCGGGGGACUGGGAGGGAUAGGGGAAACAGGAGGGAUUGGGAGAGUUGGAGUAGGGGGAGGUGGGGGAGGAGGGAGAGGGGAUGAUGGGUUGGGUGGGUACCCAAGAGGGGCUUUGACUCCUGGUUCUCUUUCCGCUGCGGCUGCGGCUGCAAGGGGGUUUGAACCACCACCUGUAGAUGGUACAGGAGCGCGGUAUACAGGGGAUGAAGUGGCUGCUGCGGGGAGCAUUCCCCUUCCACAUCUCCCCCCGCGUCCGCUCGCCGCGCAACAUCAAGCAGAUCCCCUUCUCUCGAACCCCCCGCGCCCGCCAGUGCAUUACCCGCGCCACAUGCGCCAAGGGGCCCCCUCCGCGUACCUUCACCCGCACCCCUCCGCCGCGACGCACUCUCCCGCCGCUCCCGCGCACACAUCCCCCUCCUCGCACAGCUUUGCGUCCGCGCACCUCCCUCCUGCGCACGCGUACGGCUCCGCGCUCCCCCAUCCCCCCACACUCCCCCAUUCCUCUGCCCUCCCCAACCCCCCCUCACUCCCCCAUUCCUCCGCCAUUCCCCACCCCCCGGCGCCUUCCUCCAACCCUGCGGGCCCAGCCGCCCCUCCCCACGCUUCCCCUGCGCCGCAGCCGGCGCAGCGCGUGAUGCCACUACCACCAGCAGCAACACCACCACCACCAAUCCGAGCAGCAGCUGCAGCAGCAGCAGCAGCAGCAGCAGCAGCAGCAGCAGCAGCAGCAGCAGCAGCAGCAGCAGCAGCAGCAGCAGCAGCAGCAGCAGCAGCAGCAGCAGCAGCAGCAGCAGCAGCAGCAGCAGCAGCAGCAGCAGCAGCAGCAGCAGCAGCAGCAGCAGCAGCAGCAGCAGCAGCAGCAGCAGCAGCAGCAGCAGCAGCAGCAGCAGCAGCAGCAGCAGCAGUCACACCAAAACCAGCAGCAGCUGCGGCAGCAAGAAGCACAGUACGCAUUACAGCAGCGGCAGACAAAGAAAGAGCUCAAGAGGAAAUUGGACCAGCUCACUUCAGUGGUGGAAGAUGUGAGUUUACGGAACUUUGA